CUUAUUUUGUGGGCUUUAUGUAGGAAUUUGCGGGCGAUGUUUAACAGUUCACAAGAUAUUACAUACGGUAUAUGGUAAAACUGAGAUAUAUCAAAAAAGAAAAAAAGAAAAAGGUUGUGGGACCAGGGUAAACGACAAAUGACAAAUAAAAUAAUUACUAUAUUUUUUUGAAACCAAAAAAUAAUCACUAUAUAAAUAUUUUGAAAUACUAUUAUAAAUACUGAAGAUAUGCGACAGAGAGUACUACAUAAAACAAGUAUUGAGUAAAAUAAUUGAGUGUUCUUCCUACACCAAAAUGACUAACCCGAAAUACGAUGAUGAUGAGCAGAUCCUCGUUGAUCAAGAUAACUCAGGUGACAUAGGUGGAGCAAAUGAUGUUGGAAAGGUGCCAUUGAAAUUCGAUAAUGAACCAGAAGUGCCACUUGAAGAAACCAACUACAAACUCUUACUAGAGCUUUCAGGACGAGGAGCAAGCAACAGUAGACUAGGAGCAGAUAUCGUGAUGGUCUUAGACGUUAGCGGGAGUAUGCAGGGAGCAAAGUUGGUUGAAAUGAAACGAGCAAUGCAAUUUGUGUUAAGGAAACUAAGCCCAUCUGAUCGUUUAUCAGUUGUCAUCUUUGCAUCGAAUGCUGAAAGGAAAUGCAAGUUGCGUCAAAUAACUCCUAAUGCUCGAGAAGAAAUCGAUUUUCUCGUCCAGAAUCUUGUAGCAAACGGCGGUACCAACAUCAGCGCUGGACUGCAGACGGCACUAAAAGUUCUCAGCGACCCCAAAUUCACAACUCGGCGUUCUGGGGCAGUUAUGUUGAUGUCUGAUGGUAUGCAAAAUGCGGGUGGUGAUGCCGCCCUCAUUUCCAUUGAUCAAUUUCCUGUCUUUACUUUCGGUUUUGGAUCCGGUGAAGAGUAUGACUCACGAGUACUCAAUGCAGUCGCAAAGAAUAGUAAUGGAGGGACAUUCUCUUUGGCAAAUCCAGGAGAUUUGAGCAUUGCGUUCUUCCAAUGUUUGGCUGGGCUACUCAGUGUACUAGUUCAAGAAGUGAAGCUAAUCCUAAGGCCACUCGAAGAUAAAGUGAGUAGGAGAGAGAAGGUAAAAACUAAAAUCAUUAAGGUAUUUGCAGGAAACUAUCCACAAUCAACCGAUGAUGCAACCGGCUCUGUAACUGUUUCAUUCGGCGAUCUCUAUCAAUUUGAGAUACGCUCAGUUUUGGUUGACCUUCUUCUCCCUAAAGUUACUAAGGAGGUUGAUCUCGAUGUGCUCAAGAUCGUAUGUACAUACAGGUAAAUAAUCUAUUUAAU